AUGGCUAUGUUGAAGCUCCAUUUCAUACUUUCGCCCUGUGUGAUAGGAUUUGUGGCCGUCCUGUUACUAUCAGUCUCGACAAACCCUAGACCGGCGGUUACUGCUUGGGCGGACUCGGGUCCGGAAGACCUGGAUUUGGACUCGGAGAUUCUUCUAUUCCACCAGGACUACACUCCGCCGGCGCCGCCCCCUCCGCCGCCGCAUCCACCAUCGCUCUCCUGCCAGUCCGAUCUCGGUGGCAUUGGUUCAUUGGACACCACUUGUCAGGUGGUCUCCAGCUUGAAUCUAUCCAAGGAUGUGUACGUUGAAGGCAAGGGUAAUCUCGUAAUCUUGCCCAACGUUAUCGUUAAUUGUUCCUCUAUUUCUGGAUGCGAGUUCGCAGUGAAUGUUACCGGGAACUUCACUCUGGGUGAGAAUUCGACCAUCAUCUGUGGGACCUUUGAGUUGGCCUCGGAUAAUGCUAUUUUUGGGAAUGGUUCUGCUGUGAACACGACAGGGUUAGCUGGUUCUCCUCCGCCGCAGACCAGCGGGACCCCACAAGGAGUUGAUGGGGCUGGUGGGGGUCACGGUGGUAGGGGUGCUGCGUGUUUGAGAGAUAAGAGUAAGCUUCAGGAAGAUGUGUGGGGAGGGGAUGCAUAUUCAUGGUCUAGUUUGGGGAAGCCUUGGAGUUAUGGGAGUCGAGGAGGGACGACAAGCAAUGAAGUUGACUAUGGAGGCGGAGGAGGAGGAAGGGUGAUGCUUGUGGUUUCAAUGCUUUUAGAGCUGAAUGGCAGUAUUCUUGCUGAUGGUGGAGAUGGAGGUGUCAAAGGUGGAGGGGGUUCUGGGGGCAGCAUCUACAUCAAGGCUUAUAAGAUGAUUGGAACUGGCAGUAUACAUGCUUGUGGGGGUAGUGGUUUUGGUGGAGGUGGUGGUGGUAGAGUUUCAGUUGAUAUAUUUAGCAGGCAUGAUGAGCCGGUUAUUUCUGUACAUGGUGGGAACAGUCUCGGUUGCCCUGAAAAUUCUGGUGCUGCUGGUACAUUUUAUGAUUCCGUUCCUCGCAGCCUUACUGUCAGCAAUCAUCAGAAACCUACUUUUACGGACACACUCCUCAUGGACUUCCCUCAACCAUUUUUGACAAAUGUCUAUAUCCGGAAUCAGGCCAAGGCUGCCGUCCCCUUGUUGUGGAGCCGUGUCCAGGUUCAAGGACAAAUCAGUCUCUUGAGUGGAGGAGUGUUGAGCUUUGGGCUUGCACAUUAUUCAAUGUCAGAAUUUGAACUAGUGGCAGAAGAGCUAUUAAUGAGUGAUUCUGUUAUUAGAGUUUUUGGCGCCCUUCGGAUGUCUGUUAAGAUGUUUUUGAUGUGGAACUCAAAGAUGUCAAUAGAUGGCGGUGGAGAUGAAAAUGUUGAGACAUCUUCGCUUGAGGCUAGUAACCUCAUAGUCCUCAGGGAAUCAUCACUUAUCCAUUCAAAUGCUAACCUGGGAAUUCAUGGGCAAGGUUUAUUAAAUUUGUCUGGACCAGGAGAUUGUAUAGAAGCUCAACGCCUAGUUUUGUCGUUGUUUUAUAGUAUCAAUAUUGGACCUGGAUCUAUUCUGCGUGGUCCUUUAAAAAAUUCAGUGGAUGACGUUGUGACUCCAAAAUUGUACUGUGAUACGCAAGGUUGCCCAGCUGAACUGCUACGUCCACCUGAGGACUGCAAUGUGAAUUCGUCUCUGUCCUUUACUCUACAGCAGAUUUGUCGAGUUGAGGAUAUCUUGGUCGAAGGUUUUGUUGAAGGCUCAGUUGUUCAUUUCCAUAGAGCUAGGACCAUCACUGUUCCUUCAUCUGGAGUUAUAAGCACAUCUGGAAUGGGCUGCCAAGGUGGUGUUGGUCAAGGUAUAUUAUUGAGCAAUGGUCUUGGUAGUGGUGGUGGACAUGGUGGCAGGGGUGGGAUGGGAUGUUAUAAUGGCAGCUGCAUUGAUGGUGGUGUACCCUAUGGUGAUGCUGAAUUGCCUUGUGAGUUAGGUAGUGGGAGUGGAAAUGAUAGCAUGGCAAUAUCAACCAGUGGUGGUGGUAUUUUGGUUAUGGGCUCGUUAGAGCAUCCCUUGAUGAGUUUAUAUGUUGAGGGUUCUGUCAGAGCAGAUGGAGACAGCUAUACCGGCAGCCUUCAAAUGAAGAAUCCGUCCACUGAUGAUGUGAAUUUUGGACCUGGAGGUGGAUCCGGUGGUACUAUCUUAUUAUUUCUACGCUCUUUGACUCUGGGUAAAUUUGGCAAUUUAUCUAGUGUUGGAGGUCAUGGUAGCCUGAGUGGUGGUGGAGGAGGAGGUGGUGGACGGAUUCAUUUUCACUGGUCAGAUAUUCCCACUGGAGACGUAUAUUGGCCCCUAGCUACAGUUAACGGAACAAUUUCUGCAGGGGGUGGCAUAGGUGGCAGACAGAGUCACAUGGGUGAAAAUGGAACUCUCAGUGGUAAAGCAUGUCCUAAGGGGCUUUACGGAAUAUUCUGCGAGGAAUGUCCAAUUGGAACUUAUAAAAAUAUCACAGGAUCUGAUAGUUGUUUUUCAUGCCCAAGCAAUGAGCUUCCCAACCGUGCUGUUUACGUUCAUGUCCGAGGCGGUAUUACGGAGACACCUUGCCCAUAUAAAUGUAUUUCCGAGAGGUACCACAUGCCACACUGUUAUACUGCUCUUGAAGAGUUGAUAUAUACCUUUGGAGGACCCUGGCUAUUUGGCCUUCUGCUUUUGGGUCUUCUUGUUUUGCUUGCUCUAGUUCUGAGCGUUGCCCGGAUGAAGUUCAUUGGUGUUGAUGAGUUACCAGGCCCUGCGCCUACACAGGGUUCUCAAAUAGAUCAUUCAUUCCCUUUCCUGGAGUCCCUUAACGAGGUUUUGGAAACUAACAGAGUAGAGGAGUCUCAGAGUCAUGUACACAGGAUGUACUUACUGGGUCCAAACACAUUUAGUGAGCCCUGGCAUCUUCCCCAUACACCUCCUGAACAAGUAAAAGAAAUAGUAUACGAAGGUGCAUUCAACACUUUUGUCGACGAGAUCAACUCUCUUGCCGCAUAUCAGUGGUGGGAAGGGUCAGUGUAUAGUAUUCUUUGUAUACUUGCUUAUCCUUUUGCAUGGUCGUGGCAGCAAUGGCGGCGGAAAAUAAAGUUGCAGAAGAUAAGAGAAUUUGUCCGAUCUGAAUAUGACCAUGCUUGUUUACGUUCAUGUCGUUCGCGUGCUCUAUAUGAAGGUUUGAAGGUUGGCGCAACACCAGAUCUAAUGCUGGCUUACGUAGAUUUCUUCCUUGGUGGUGACGAAAAGAGAAAUGAUCUUCCUCCUCGUCUGCAUCAAAGAUUUCCCAUGUCUAUAUUAUUUGGAGGUGACGGAAGCUACAUGACUCCAUUCGUGCUUCAUAAUGACAACAUCCUCACCAGUCUCAUGAGUCAGUCUAUCCCUCCUACCACAUGGUACCGUUUGGUAGCUGGUUUGAAUGCUCAGUUGCGCUUGGUAAGAAGGGGCUGCCUUAGGAAAAAGUUGAGUCCUGUCCUUGAGUGGCUCGAAACAUUAGCAAAUCCAGCACUAAGGGUAUAUGGUGUGCAUGUGGAUCUUUCAUGGUUUCAAAAUUCAACUGAUGGCUAUCGCCAUUAUGGACUUCUGAUAUAUGCUCUGGAGGAGUUGGAUCGCAUGUCAGUAGCAUAUCAUGAUGAAGAACCUGGAAAUGAACACCGUUCAAGUGCCUUGGGUACGUAUCAGAAUGAUGAAACUUUGAAUAAGUUGUUGAGUCGGGCUCUGCGAACCGGUGAAGGUCACUGGAGAAGGAAUGUUUAUGGCGGGAUUCUAGAUUUUAACAAUUUGAAGGAGGUUGAGGAGAAAAGAGAUCUGUUUUUUGUCCUCUCUUUUCUACUUCACAACUCCAGACCUGUCGGUCACCAGGAUCUUGUUGGUUUGGUGGUCUCGAUCCUUCUUCUAGGAGAUUUCAGUCUAGUAUUGCUUACGUUGCUCCAGUUGUAUUCUUUUUCGCUAGCAGACGUCUUUCUUGUUUUGUUUAUUAUACCCCUUGGGAUAUUGCUUCCUUUCCCUGCUGGAAUCAAUGCUUUGUUCAGCCACGGACCCAGGCGAUCAGCAGGCUCAAGCGGCGUCGGGUCGCGUGUAGCACUGGACCCUGUGCAAAAAUUGCGAGGUGAGUUCGUGCACGCCUCAGGCAGCACACGAACUUCUCGCACAACUUGCACGUUUCUAGUACUGGCUCGCGCACAUGGUGACAUGCGCUUCGUGAAACCUGGACGUGAUUCGUGCACAAUCCUUGGGUAG